AUGACUACUGCUCAUCGGCCAACGUUUACUCCGGCUCUGGGAGGCACGGGCAAGAAUGAGGGAGACCUUAGCAAGAUUUCGAAGCAGUACUCAAGUCGUGACAUGCCGUCACAUACUAAAUUGAAACAAAGACUUCCUGGCCAGGGCAACACCGAAGAUCUCAAAGGAAGGGAUUUUAGGCGAGACUUGGAGGACCGAGAAAAGUCUACCACGAAGGAGAGGCAUGGCGGGAGAGACUUUCAAACUCUUUCAGCGAUCGCCUCAUCAUCGGACUCAGCAGCAGCCGUGGCUGCGCCGUCCAGAAAACAGAAAUUAGGCCAGCUGUCUGUCUCGAAUCUCGAUGCCGAUGAUCCUGUUGACGAGGAUGCCGACAGUGAUGGCGAUGAAGACGAUACUGCAGAACUUCUGGCAGAGCUCGAACGAAUAAAAAAAGAGCGUGAAACCGAAAGAGAUAGACAGGAGGCGGACAGACGAGCGGAAGAGGAGCAGAUUCGACUGGACAAUAUUCUGCACGGCAAUCCGCUAUUGAAUCCGUCCAAGCAAGAUUUCACGGUUAAACGAAGGUGGGACGAUGACGUGGUAUUCAAAAACUGCGCAAAAGGAUUGGACGAUCGUCAACGGCGCGAACCGUCGUUCAUCAACGAUGCACUACGUUCAGAGUUUCACAGGAAGUUCAUGGAAAAGUAUAUCAAGUGA